CUUUGCAAUGGGACAACCAGGCAUUCAAACAGGUGGUAGAAAGUAAUAUUGUCUUUGCCACUGAAGGUAUUAGGGGAUUUCUUCUUCGCACAAGCCACACCACGAAAAGGAGUUGUUUUGAGCUGAAGAGAUCAUGAAUACAAGGAAAUACAUCGCUUUAGUUCUUUCCAAUUUAGCCUUGUUUGUUCUUUGUGAACCAGAAGAGCCACUUGAUAGAGGUAUGUCUCUGUUUGUUGGUUGAGAAAAUCAUUUUAAAUUUAAACAUUGAAAACAGUUUAAAAUUUUCAGUUUUACAAUCGGUGUCGAAUUUUGUAGGCUGGGGGGAAAAGAUCGAAUGGAAAACGCUCCAAGAUGGUUUAGAAGAGGCUAAAAAGAGGUAAAACUUUACUAUAAAUCGAUAUUUAAAUAUAAAGGUUCAAAUUAAAACAAUGAAAUAUUUCAAUACGCUCUGUGAUAGCCCGGCUUUUGAAAUCGUAAGAAGUUAAGAGCCAAAGCCAGUGAGUGCUCGUUUUGACUCAAGAUUUAGACAUGGACCUACAGCUCACAUUCACUCGCUGCCCAGUAAAGCCUAAUUUGCAAGUUUAGACAUUAAAUCGUUUCAACAUGAGCCAUUUCAGUGUUCAGUGGUCAUUUUUUAAAGUCACUUGUAUCAGAGGAUUUAUAGUGAAUUGUCAGUGAGUCGUUAUUGGUUGUAGAAACUGGCAAAAGCAGGAGGCCAUUAAAACAAAUAAUCAGUUGGUGCUUUCUUUUCCAAUUUUCAACUGGAACAACUUCAAUCCAAAUCACGUGUUAUUAAAUUGUUAUUAACUUCUCAGUCUGACACAGCGGCUUGCAAUCACGGUGAAAGUGACCGAACCGUAAAACAAAUUUGCUGUCUAUGUUAAUAUACUAAAAGUAACUAAACUGCAUUCCAGCCAGGGAGAAACAACCUCCAGCCGCAAUGAAGUAUUUUUAUUUACUUUUAUUUUCUCAAUAAUCACGCUUUGCAUGAGAAGAUUUUAUUAUACUUUGCUAGAACGCUCUAAACUGCCAAAAAACAGGUUGCAACCAUCAUUCAUUAAACCAUUUAUUUGUUUUGGGUGAAAGGUUUUUUCUAUCAUUUUUUUCGUAUGAUAAAUAAAUUUUCUAAUAAUGGAUCUAUAUUUGUAGCGUUUCUCCUCUGGUUUUCAACUGUUUUAUCGGCUGAAAAACCGCCGGUGCGCAAAACGUUUUUAAACAACAAACGAGAACGGAAAAGCUGUUGGAGUGGGAAGUUUUAAAAGAUUAAAUUAUAUCGAAAGUUGAAACUUUGUUACAGCUAACCUCACUAGGGCAGUUUUACAUUCAGUUGCCGUCAGUUCUUUUGCACGUCAUCAUGACUUACAGGUUUGCUUUGAUGGAGAUGACUGAAUAUGAAGCGCCCACGCAAGUUUUAAUUUUUGUUUGUUUACUUUGUUUCUCUUCUUCUCUACUGUUUCGGCCAAACAUAACCUAUAUCCGUAAGUAAGCCGGUAAAAAACGUUCCGUUCGCGUUGUCAAUCGAAAGACUUGCCAGUUUGAUUUUGGAGGCUAUAAGUAAAAGAAAAACAAACAAACAAAAUCAAACGAUCCUUAUCAACGUACAUUAGCCGUAUUUAUACUAGAGGACGUCUUAGACGACUUAGACGUCUAGUAUAAAUACGGGAAAUAAGGCAGACCAUUAAACCUCAGAUGAAUAAAACGUCCGAAGUUAAGUCCGAUCGACGCACUUAACAGAUGAAUUAGCCGUUACUUAACAGUCAGACGUUUAAUACGUCUGGACGUCCAUUUUAGAUCUGAAAAUACCAAUCGAUCUUACGGUUUUUUUCUUCUGAUAGCAAUAAGCCAUUGAUGCUGCUUAUUCACAAGACUUGGUGUGGGGCAUGCAAAGGUAAUCUUGAUAAUAUUCUUCGCUAUAUUAAUCUUAAUUUGCUGUAGCCUCUUUCAGCAAACAGAGAGAAAGAAAGAACGUUGGAACAUUCAACAAAAUGAUCUCACUCACUAUUAAUUAAUAUAACCUUUGCAGCAUUAAAACCAGCAUUUGCGGAGUCGCAGGAAAUUGCAGAUUUCAGUAAAAACUUUGUUAUGGUGAAUUUGGAGGUAAGACAAUAAGAUUUGUUUAUGAUGAAAAAGAAACGGAUAUAUGUUCUGACAAUAGUUAAGAAAAGGACCCGUUAAAUUAAGGAACAGUUACAACUAGAAGUAAUUACAAAAAUUGGAUAGUGAGAAGUGAUAAGGCGAGGGUAGCCUCGACAAAAAAAUGAAUUUGCACAAAUUUGCUCCUGCUGGCAAAUAUGUCGCAAAGCUUAUGUAAAAACUGAGGAGCAAACUGAUGGGACAAAGAUGGUAAAUGCCACACGUGCGUACCAAAAACACGGGUUUAUAAAUAUAAAAGCAAAUGUGGCAUUUAUCAUGUUUACCCUAGAUUUUUCUUCCAUUAUAAACUCUACUACAGAAAUAAAUAAUCUUGUAAAAUGAACAUACUCUCAAACAUUAUGGCUGAAAAAAGUUAUGUAGUGCUAGAAGAGGCAAUUUCUGAACCGUACUUGUUUUUAGGAUGAAGAAGAACCCAAGGACGAAAAAUAUCGGCCAGACGGAAGAUACAUCCCAAGGAUUCUGUUUCUUUGUAAGUUGACGCAAAAAAUUGGUCUUAUUAACUGGGUUGACAAGGUCAAUUUACCACCUUGAAAAGCAGCCUCGUCCCCGCGUUCUCUCUCUUGCCGCGAGGAAGAGAGAUAACCCUGGGGACGAGGUUGCAUGAAAAGAUUAAAAAGCUGACGUUCUUCAAUGAAGUUUAAUUUCAUUCUUCAGCACAUGAUGGAGAGGUAAUGAAAGAUGUCUACAACAAAAACGGAAAGCAUAAAGAUACCAAAUACUACUAUGGAAAAACUUCUGAAAGUAAGUGAGGAUAAAUUUAAUUCAAUUCAUUAGAGCUUCCCCUGCUUGAUCAAAAGGAAACAGAAACGACUGAUAUGCAGGCUAUAUGCAGCAGGAAAUAACUAGCGCAAUUUUUUUUAACGCUCUAAGGUUACGGCAAAGUUAAGCUAGCCUGAGCUGGCCCAGUCGACGUCGUCUUUUCAAAUAUCCAGUCUCCCUUAUUUCCCUAAUGAAGUCCUGAUACUUAUGUUAGCACCAAGUACACCUAACUGCGUAACUAGGCUCCUUAGCAGGCGUUUGAAAGGCAAGGGGAUUCCGGGCACGCAAAAAGCGCAAAAAGCUCGCGAGGGGGAGGGAAGGAAAUCCCCUCCCCUCCUCCCUUCUCCCUCGAGCGCAGUCUUCCGCCCAAAUUCCCUACCCUUCUCUUUCGAACUUCUGCCACACAGGCUUCUGCGUAAACUGCGCCGCUUACUCGUGACCGGCUUCUCGGGAUAUGAGAACAGACUAAGUAAGACCUCGAGCUCGUUUAUCAGUCAAGUCAGUUUCAUCAAAAUAGACACGGACUACAAAUCAUCUGUCGGAAUUUGUCUGCUUAACUUUAAACUUUGAAUGCCAUGUGCAUACUUUAGUUGUUGAUAGUAUGAAGUCAGUCCUGAAAAUCGGUGGAGGCGACGCUUCAAAAGAAGUCGAAGAAGAACCAGAGAUAAUAGAGAACAACUUUCUUGCAAGAGGUAAGUCUUAAUCGGUGUUACUAGCUCUGUUGUCUAGGCGCUAGUUGUUCAAAUGUUGUCGGAUAGCGCUAUCCACUGGAUGAUAGCGCUGUACAACUAGGGCCAGGGAGGUACACGAUAACUGCUCCACGGUUCACCUGGAAGUGCUUAGUUCACAGGCGUUCAAAGAGGCUCACGCAAGCUCGAUCGAGGCUCUUGAAAACCGAGAGAAAGAGUAGCGACUUAAUUAGGUUGCCAUAAUGGCAUUAAACUCCUUAAGUAGGCCAUUUCCGAGUUGCCUUUAGCUUCUUUUCUUUCAAAGAAAGUCGUGGCAAAAUAGUUUUAUCGUAUUUGAGUCGAUUCGACACCGCGGCGUUUAUGAAAUUUUUCGUGAUUCGAGUGCGGCGUUUAUUCGAGAGCGGCGUUUAUAAGAGGGCGUCGUUUAUUUCAAAUCCAAUUUAUUUAUUGCAAACAAUAGUAUGGAACUGAAGAACAUUGUUAUCAAUGAAAGCAAGUUUCCAAAGCAUGAUUAAGCUGAACUAUCGUAUGCUGCUCUCGUCUUUUGAUUAUAUUCCUUUGAGCUUCGAACGUCCUGAUCUUAAAACAUUGUUACAAUCAAGGAAAAUAAAGGCCGGGUUCCUCAGACUUGAUUAUUACUGCCUUUGCUUUUUGAGUCUAUUAUUGAAAUAAACGCCGCAUCAUGACUUUUAUUCGAGGCCGGCAUUUAAACGAAUAAAUACGGUACUAGCAAUGUAACUCAUUUUUUGUACGUUUACUUAUGCACCAGGCCACUCUGAUGAAGGGGCUCAGAGCAACUCGCGCUCGAAAGUGGGCUAAUCAGUGAUGAUGACCCGUGCGAUUCUCAAACAUCUUUCGUUAAAAUAUAGUCUCCUUCGCAGCCGUUUUAAGGGUUGUCACGUGAUGCUCCUCCGUACGCGACUAUGACUAGAGCGUUUCGGACGUGACCUGAAGACAUUCAAAGCCACUUUCUAUUCGAUUUAACAUGAAAAUAAUGAUGUGAUGAUGACAAAUCACUAUAAGCUCAGUUUGUUGGAAGUAUCCCAGUUUUAGCAGCCUGGCUUGUGGUACCAAACCAGGUUGUUGAGACAAACUCUCUUACUUCUUGAAAGAAUGAAAAAGCACAGGCAAUUUGCACCAUAUAUGUAAAAAACAUGUUGUUUUUUGUUACACUUUUCAGGGAGUCGUCACUGAUUCGUUCGCUGUUUAUGUGUUCUCGGGCGGAGGAAACGAUUUGGGUGGUGGUCUUACUUACUUACAGUCAAACCUGUAUAUAACGGCCCUGUGUAUAGCAGGUCACUCUGUAUAUUACGGUCACCAAGGAACUUCCCAAAAUUUUCAGUUGCCUUAUAUUUUCUGCAAAGUUGACCUGUAUAUAGCGGUUACCCUGUAUAUAACGGUCACCUUACCAUUCCCCAAGGGAAGCCGCCUCCGUUCCCUCAACUCCACCUGCGAUUCUUUACUCCAAGAAUCGUUUGAAUAACGUUAACAAGUGGUUAAAGGGGAGUAGAACCUUUAUAAUGGGUACAUUUAUAUCAAAGAACCAUUAAUAACAAACAACGAAGUAGCACCUAGCUAAUAGCGAACUUAAGCAAAGACGUUUUUGAGCGACGCACGUCGACCAGAAGUGAGGUCUUCUCCCUUCUCAUAUGCCUUGACGCCAAAUUUGAUUCUUAUAAAACGAUUUACCCAAGAUUUUCAACAGAACCCCUCCCCAAUGAUGCAAAAAGUCCACUUCCGGUUGACGUCCGUCGCUCAAAAACGCUGUUGCUUAAGCUCCCUAAUAGCCACUGAUUAACGCCUUGUAACACAGGGUUUGGUGACAGCAUAGCGUGGGUUACGUUUGAAGAUGGACUUGAACAAAUAAAGAAGAGGUAAAGAACAUGCUCUUAUCGUGCACAUAUCUUUUUUACAUGCAAUCAGUUUUAUUUGUUGUUGUAAUAUUGUUGUAAUAUUUCUUCGAUCUUAAAAUUCAUAAACUCGGUGAUUGAUUAUUCUUUACUCUUUACUGUAAAUAGCACCAAUAGGCCAAUUGUAUGAUGACGUCUGUUUACUACUAAGACCAGAAUUGAUUUGGUCUUUUCUUUCACUUCAAAUCUGGUAAUUAAUCCCAGUAAGAUUUAGAUAAAAAAGAAAAAAGCAAUAAUUUGCACAAGAAACCAAAACCGUGAAGGAUUCUGGUAGCAGCUGAGUAAAAUGAUGUCAUCGUGGGAAUGGCCUGUUCGAGCAGAUAGGUAGCUGUUAGAGAGGAUAAUCCUAUUUUGGCAGAUGACAUCAGAGAUGUGCUAAUUCGCCACUGUAGAAACGCGAAGAGAACUGGCCAUGGAUUACUGGAGCCAAAAUGUGUCCCGCAAUUGUUUCUGGGAUCGUUAAUGGCACGCGCCGAUCAGCUAUUGGCUAAUUUUUUUCUUGCCCCUAGUAACAGCCCCACAAGUCUUUGCGAAAGUUAACUCGACCCAGUUCCUAAGGUGGCGACUUGCUAUAAAUAGAUCAUGACACACUGGCGAUCUUUUUCUUUCAGUGAUAAAUUGAUGUUACUUCUCAUUCACAAAACAUGGUGCGGCUCGUGCAAAGGUAAAGUUUUAUAAAAAAUGAAAUGAUAAGUUUAAUUGGUAGGAAUUGAAGGGUUAACUUCUUGCCAUUAUAAAAUGCCUUGCAGCAUUAAAGCCCAAACUUGCCGCCUCAAAGGAGUUUGCGCAAAUGAGUAGACACUUUGUGAUGGUUAACACAGAGGAUGAAGAAGAACCAAAGGGAAGUCAGUUUAUAGUGGACGGAGAGUACAUUCCAAGAGUGUUAUUCCUAAGUAAGUUAAUUAUAAGUUACUGAAAAGAAACGGAUUUAAUUGGUUUGGAGCAAAUAAAACUAUAUUCUUGGAUACCUAUUCCUUAGGAUGUAUAACCAAAUUCAGUUUCCUUUCUUCACUGACUGCUGGGUGUAAUUUGAACAAAUAAAUAAUAACUACGAUUUAGAGGUAGCAUAUCCACCAAGUGUGGCUCUUCGUCUACCUGAUUCCUGGUCGAACUGGAAUUUGAAAAUCCUGGAUUUUGAGGAGAGGGGAAAACCGGACUGACCCGAAGAAAAACCUCUCGGAGCAAAGGAGAGAACCAACAACAAACUUGAUCAACCCACAUAUGGCGUCGACGCCGGGAAUUGAUCCCACAUUGGUGGGAGGCGAGUGCUCUCACCAAUGCGCCACCCUUGCUCUCCCAUUUGCAGAUGAAGAUAAAGGUGCAUUAUUGAAGUGUUUGGAUUAGGGUCCGAGUUACGGAACUAUUAGUUACACCUUAAAGCUUGCAAAUUAAAGCCUCCGACUUAGAGUAAGUUAACUCAUAAAUCGGUGCUUUUAAGAAUCGUUUCCCAACUGAAAGUUCUGAUCGAUGUCCUCUCUUUAAGAGUAAUAAAAGUAAAGCACAUAAGAGCGACUAUAACUUAGCUGGCAUGGAAUAGCUCUGAAUUAUUUAAAACGUGACUAACACGCAAUACAGAAAACAUGAAGAUAAUGUAAAGCAUUCAGCCUUUUCUGUUAGUAUUACUGGCUCUUUCUGAACACGGCCGUUUGCAUUCAGUCCCAUACAAACCCUGGGAUUUAAAACUGGAAAGAUUCUCACUCACUCACAUCAUGCAAAGGUAGUUGCAACUAAACAUCUCAACUUAAGAUGUUGAAACAUUGCUCGAUGGCCUUUUUGCCCGGUCAAACUGACUUUUCCCAAAGAAAUGGAAAAUCAGUCAUUAUUUGCCAAGACUAGCUGUACUUUUGUCAUCUCUCCUUGUAUAGAUCCUGAAGGAAAAGUUAUUGAUGAGAUUUGGAACGAAGGAACCAAGCAUCCCCACGUUAAAUAUUACUACAGCGGACCGCAGGAAUGUAUGCUAACAAAGCUUAAAUGAUUCUCAUUUUCUUAUUGCCUAGAAUGGAAAAAAUCUUUUUUCCCUUAGUACAAUGAAGGCCUUCAAUUUUUGUAUACUUGUUUCUGUCUUUCCUGCCUUAGUCUAAGACAGUAACAUAUCAUGAUGAAGCUUUUUCUCUCAAAUAUGUUUUUGAAAUUAAAGUAAAAACUUGAGCUAUCAUCUUUUUGACCAAAUAUAUAAAUGUACUUAUCUAGGCAAGAUACCGUGAAGCAUGUUCAACGUAACUUUAGUUUGGUACCUCACGAGGUGACUGGUUAUAAGUGUAAACUGUAGUUAUCAUUCAUUUAAAAUAUUCCCCUUCUGUGAUUGGCUCAAAUCCACCGACUUAUUCUCCGAUUAUUCUUCAUAACCAGCAGCCCAAAUUGACGUCAAUUCCACACAUAUCGACAGAAAAGGGUCGGCAGAAGGUGGAUGGCUCAGCUGUUCUGGAAAAAAUGGUGGAAGGAGACAAAAUGGCCGAACUACUGCCUAAAAACAUUGCAAUGCCUGGCUGAAAUAAGCAUCCUUUCAUAACCUGAAACUCCCGAGGAACACUCAAUGUCAUGAAGACGGGAGGCUUUACGGCUUCGGCGGCUAAUACCCUCCUCAGUCUGCAUAAUUUGUCAUAUCAUACUCAGCCUCGUCCAACAAUUGCUAAAUAACAAAAUUUGCGUUUAUUUAUCUCUUGCAGUGAUAGCAGCGAUGAAGAGGGCUCUAAAGAUGAAGGAAACGGGAUUUGUAGGUAUGGAAUUUGAUGCUCGGUUGAAAUGUUACCAAUUGAUUGUUUCAUUUCAGCCGAACAAACUUAAAUACUGCAUCUUCUUCUUGUAUUUUUUUAUCUGUUUAACUUCAGAAAUCGGCAAAGAAGAGCAACAAGUAGACAAAGAAGACAAAGAUCCUUGGUGGAAACCAAAAGAUUUGAAAGAAGAUUUGUCUAAAGGUUCCGUAACAAUAGCAUUCAUAUUCUCUUAAAAUUUCGAUUAAAUUUGUAUACCGUUCCAUGUGUUCAAUCAAGUAAUGCUUCUGCUAGGAUAUAGAAAUUCAUCGGUACUAGUGUAACCUAUCUAAUAUUCUUUACAAUAGGUUUUGGCGGUCACAUCAAUUGGAUGUCGUACGAGCAGGGAUUAAAAGAAGCUAAAAAGAGGUUUGACAUUUCAAAUGCAGUUUGAGUCAGAGACUUCCGAAAUGAUAGAGUAGUUCUGUAUUCCAAGCGUUAAUUGAAGCGAUGUGGUGCACUUCAGAUACCCUUCUUAUACAGAAGGAAACUUAUGUCUACCCUCUAUUGAUUAUUUUCGAAUCGCCCAUGAUGCACUCAAUUCCCCCCCCAAUGUUCCGUAACUUAUUUUGUUUCAAAUGUUCUCGAGAAAUUCCCAGGAGCACUUGGAAACAAUAUUUUAGACAGAGUGUGUUAUGAGGAAUUCGAAAAUAGAGAAUUCAAAUGAAAAUUUGCAUCUCUUUUUAAGUGACUGAGCGGAAAUUUAAACGGCAAAAAGGGAGAAAACGUAUAUUGCUGCUUCAUAUCUGUAAGUGUCAUCAACAAAAAACAAAUAAAUCAUAGAUGACUCCAUUUUUGACAGCCCUUUUCGUUUUCACACGAAUACGACCAUUGAUAUUAUGAAUUAUAAAAAAUUGAUUCUUGUUUGUGUGUCACACCAUUCUUUGGUUAUUUUUCCCUACUCUGAUUCCACAGUAACAAGAAGAUGCUUUUGAUCAUUCAUAAAUCUUGGUGCAGUUCAUGUAAAGGUAAGAAUGCUUUGCUACGUUAGGCACUAGUACUCGUCUAUUUCAAGAAAGUGGUUAAAAACGUUCCAAACAGCAGAUUUCAGGUUCAAAAGAAAAUUUCACAGCUAAUAAUAUUUUAAAAUCCAAAAUAUAGCCUUGAAACCCAUUCUGGCCAAACACAAGACAUUUGCCGAACUCAGCAAGAAAUUUGUGAUGGUUAACACAGAAGAUGGUGACGAGCCAAAGGGAGAUCAGUUUGAUGUGGACGGGAAAUAUGUUCCAAGGAUUUUCUUUUUAGGUAAGAACACUGGAGAAACAUCAACAAGCAAAAUUUACCGUAUAUCUAGCCGAUUUUUCGAGAACGAACCCAACGGAAUUUGCAGUCAUUUGUGUGAAAAAGAACCAAAAGCCGGGGUUUUUUGCGCCCGAUUAGCCCGAAAUCACACUAGCGAAGGAAAAGAAAAGGAGAAAAAGAAAGAACGAGGGGGAAUAAGGGAGAAGAAGAGAAAAAAAAGCAAUGGUUACACUCUGAUUUUUUUUAUAUUAGCUCCUUUGGAGAGUUUUUGGCCGAAGAAAAAUGCUUGACGGAAGAGAUCUAUUUGGCGGUGACGUUUUCGAAAAUCCGGCUAGAUGUCAUGUACAGUAACAUUAGAAUCCCACUCAGAUCUAUCAUGAGACUGGGGAAGAGAACCAUUAAUUACCAUCUGCUAUGUUUCUCACAUCUUACCCUCAUAUAUUGUUUGUCCAAGGUCAUUGAACACUGACGUGGCGAAGCAAUUGAUCCGCUGGAAUAAUAUGUCACGCAAGGCGCUUCCGUAGCGUAUACUUGGGUCGUAAUGUUCUCAGAGCAGUUCAGUGAAAAUAACCAAGCAUGCGUGCUAGAAGCAUAUAAGUAUUAGUUUUGGCAUUUAUUGAUCAGAAAGAGUCGUCCUCCGUCUUAACUGCACAUAGCACAAGCGCCAGAGAUUAGAAUCUGAUUGUAGGUUUGUGAAGAAGACUAACGCUCUACAUAUUUAAACUUGGACAUUUCACAAGAAGCCCAAGUAACAAGGCCAAGGAUCAAAGCCGUUAACAAAGUAUUUCAGUUGACGAGAAGAGAAAAGAAAGACUUUAAAUACAUCCAUGCCAAGUGGUUUUGUACUAGACUUCUCUUGAUGCUUGAAAAUAAAGUGAUGAAAAAGAUUGUGCCCUGAUUCCCUCUUCUUCGCCAAUAAUUAAGCUAUGCGUUGUAGCAAGGGGAAAAUCUUGAUGAUUAAACGUUUUCAUGUAGAUGAUGAUUCAAGUCUAACCAUCACUCGUUUUAUUGCAGAUUCAAAUGGAAAUGUGGAGAAGGAACUAUGGAACGAGGGAACUAAACACAAACAUGUAAAAUAUUAUUACCAGGAUGGAGACGAAUGUAAGUGGCACUUUCAAAGUUCAACACUUUUAGAAGAGAUAUCAGCGGAAACGAAAAGACAUAAUAUUCACGUUAUAGACUUGAACAGAUUCAUCUAUCCGGUAAAUUUAACUAUGAGCAAAAUUUUAAACUUAAAAUCCGGAUAAAAGUGAAUUCAUAAUUCAUAUUAGUAAAAUCCAACUCUGAGUAGUCUAUGCUGCGUUCUGAUUGGUUGAGCUACUACUAGGCUAUAUGUUAUAGCCCACUAGUAGCGAAAAGCGCCGGCUUUGAAAACCAAAACAAUGGCGGCUGAAUCGCGUUUUGAUAGCUUAAGUUGUUUUGUCUCGAUAUUUUUGAGCAACUAGUGGGAUUUUACUAAUCAUGGCCCUCUGAGUCAAUAGCCCAUCCGGCCUUCGGCCUCAUGGGCUUUUGACUCAGAGCCCAUUCGGGCUCGAGGAAUAAUUGUCAAAUAUUCAUAUUGGAACCUACUUUUAUUAAUAAAUCAAUGAUUUCUUUUUUUUUUUCUUAUGCAGUGGUCAAAGCUAUGAAGAAAGCAUUGAAGCAAGAGGGCCAAACUAGUACAGUCUCAGAUAACGGUAAAAAGGUUUAAAUUUUUCUUAAGCACUUCAACGUUCGGCAACCGGCCUUAAAUCAUAAAAUCUGUUAUUUCUCAAGUAAGGGAUACGACCGUUUGCAAAAUUGUGAAUUGAGUAUAUGUGGCGCCAUUUUCUUGAGAAUUUUGUUCUAAUGUUUCAACGACAUUUGACAUGUAUGUAAUGAAUAUUAUUUUGGCUUUAAAGUAUUCACCUUUUUUACAGGAUGGGGCAAUGAUAUCGAAUGGAGUUCACUUGACGAAAGCUUUGAAACGGAAAAAGUUGGGUAAGACAGUCAAACAGGUCAAUGAUCUCGUUUCGAUAACCUUGUUUCAAGCCAUGGAGGGGUGGGGUACCGCGAUGGACUCCAGUUUGGAACACACACACGCACGCACAAAAUGAUAUUCUGAGUCAGACUGAAGUGGUUACUUGGCCACGGAGAAGACGUGUAAAGUGUUUCAAACGCUGGUUAUUAACAGAGCGCGCUAAAAUUUGUACCAGAUGGUUAAUUAUCGUGAAAUGUUAAAGUUUUUGGUACAAAAAUUAAUUUGGGAUAACACUGAUAUUUUAUGUACUUUUGCUUUUCUGCUUGCAGAAACAAACCCAUCAUGUUGAUAAUCCAUAAAUCGUGGUGCGGGGCUUGCAAAGGUAAGAACAGCACACGGUUGAUUUAAUGUACCAGUGGACUGACGAGAACGUUCUGAUUGACUUUAAAAAGACAUCGCUAUAGUAAGAUACGUUUGCAUUGGUCUCAGAUCUUACGAUUUUCGAACAAAAGGAUACAAAUUAGCAGAUUUCUUAGCUUUCUUUAUCAUAAAAAUCUUUUAUACCAUAAAAAAUAAAACUAACUUUUAGUACACUACUUGCUAACCUCAAAAAUAGCCACUUACAAUUGUCAGUUUGUGUUAAUAGAUGAUUUGCUUGAAAAUACUCUUCGUUUCAAUUCUUAAAACCUAAAAUUUAAAAGUUUCGUUCUACAGUAUGGACUUAAAAUUAAAACAUUGUUGCUAUGGUUAUUAGAAACCGCCACCGCUAAAAUCAAACUCUAAUUAAUGAGAGCAAAACUGGAGAACUACUCUCUUCUUUGUACAACAACUUUUUCCAACCUGCAACAACGUUAAUACCUGAUUGUUUGCGAGACAGGUUUCAACGUGAGCGGUAAAACGCCAACAUUGCUUUCGACUCGUUUGCAGCAGGUUGUAAGACAAAUUGCCGGUUUUACCGUAGCUUAACUUACUGGUCAUAUUUUUUCCUUAGCUUUAAAAAAGAAGUUUGCAAAGUUCAGUGAAAUUACCGAAAUUAGCAAGCGGUUUGUCAUGGUCAACGUUGAGGUAAGAAAGGAGCGAAAAACGUCUGUAGUCAGUGGAUGACUAGAUUACUUGCAGCCAUGAACGUUUGCCUUGAUCUAGAUGUUGUAUAAUUAUAUUGUACUUUUAGCUGGCCAAGUUUUAGCUCUGAACAGAAGCAUAUCGUUUCACAUUUUCGCUACUAGCGGAGAUGUAAAGUAAGGCUGACAGAAACUCAGGCGGACCAAUAAACACUAACAGCUUUGAUUUUACAUUUUGUCGCGGCUGUUUGUCGUGAAGGUAUCGAUUUCGUGUAUAGCCUUUUAAUACAGCUUCAAAAAUCGCUUUCACGAAAGUCAGGGUUCAAAGAUUUUGCUUCAAAAUAAUAUCAAUGACUUUACUUUUUCUUCCACUUUCAACAUUUUUUAAAAUAUAUUUCUGGGCAUAGGAUGACAGUGGCAAGGAAGCAGAAAAGUAUGAUGUGGAUGGUGCUUACGCGCCAAGAAUGUUUUUCAUAGGUAUGACAUUUUUUUAGUCCAUUUCUAUUUUGCUAAAAAGGGAAAGACCCAUGUCGUCUUGUUACCAAUUUUCAACGUUGCUGAUAUGGCCGAUACAUUUGCCAUGUAUUUUAAACUUUAUUUGCUGCAUUUACAUAAUAACCAUAACUCAGCUCCGACAAAUUUUGAAAUACUAAGAAACCAGGACUUGAAUGCACUCCUUUCCGUGGUUAAACGGAUCCGAAAAGGCUAAUUUCCCUGGGAGGAAAGCUCAGUCAGAACAAACAGCUAACCACUAAAUUUGAUGAAUUGGUUCAAAUCGCAAAUAUUUUAUGCCGCCAUUACAAAUCCUUGCCAGUCGACUUUGGUAUUGAUCUUGCUUUUUUUUUGUCAGAUCCUUUCACAAAACAGAUAAUGAAAGAAUACCACAACACGGAUCCCACGUUUGAUGAAUACAAGUACGCUUACGGGGAACCUGAUCAAAGUAAGGUUAAAACUAUGGUGAUUAUGAAAUGCCGAAAAGGGCUUUUUCGUCCUUCAAUAUUCGCGCGGAAACGCUACCUACGCAGGCUAUUUAAAAACAUUCUAUAUUUGUAACAGCUUUACUCUAAUUUUUCAAGUUAUUAAUUUGUAUUUUAUUCAGGUUAAGUUUUAAUUCCGAGUUUUUACAUUGUAGUUGUUGCUGUAAUGAAGAAAGUUCUCCAGAAAGGAGUGGAUGAGAGUAUUUCGGCAGACAGAGGUAGGUAACUCCAAUCUGGAAGCCCAUCUUCCGUGCAGAUGGCCCAGGUUCGAGUCUCCGCUUAGCUGGUUUUUUCUUCGUUGUACAAUUUUUCGUUUUAGUUAUUUAUUUUUUGUUUUUUAAAUCAUAUUUUCCCCCUUUGGCUUGUUUCCCUUUAUUCUUACUGUUGGCCCAUUACAGCUUCACGAGGUUUUCGCGAUAAACGUAUUUCUAGUAAUGCUUAUAUAACAUUGGCUCAUUCUUCCACUGUGCAUGCAUUGUAUAUCGAGAUAUUAAGCACUUGGAAAGUUAAGAGAGCACUCAAAUAAAGUAGUAAGACGACCCCAAUCUCCUGAAAUUCCACAUGAGAGCCUCGCAGUUUGUUCUAAAAUUAGCACAUUUGGCUAUUUCGAUGAAACCGCGUGUACCUCGCGGCUUGCGGUCUCCAACCCCGAUUAUGGCUCCUACCAAUACCAGUAAACGUUACCUCCUCGCUAUAAGGCUCUCUGGUCUUCUCGUUGCGCGGGAACGACGUUGGCAAACGUUAAAUUUUGCUAUCAGCCCAAAGACUAUUUGAAACACUCAAAAGAACUUUGUAAUGGCUAUUCAAACAACUUUGUUGUAUUCAUGGAUUUAAUUUUAAUUUAUUCCGCUAGGUUUUGGCUCUCAUCUGAAAUGGCAGAAACUUGACCAUGCUCUCAAAGAAGCAAAACAAUCGUAAGUACAAGACAUAACUAACAACCAAAAGAGUCGUUCCUCGGCUGUGUAGUAUCCUUUAGUAUUCAGAAAUCAAGAUACCUAGGCCUUUUAGCUUUACUUCGUUUUGUUCGUAUAUGUUUUUAAUGGGAAUCCAACGUAGAACAAUGACUCCACAAGACUGAACUAUGCACUCAUUUGCCGUCGUUCAACAUGCGAUCAGAUUUUUCUUUGAGGGGAGGGGUGUGUUUGGGUGGUAGAAGCGCGAAAGAACCCCAAUAGCAGAUCAGCCCACACAUAUUUUACCCAACCUCGCAAGGAGGUCUUUUUAACAAGGGAAAAGCCAUAGGGACGAGAUUGACAAACAAGUUUUCACCGGCGAAUAAAAAAUAACCUAAGAAUCAAUAACUAAUUUGUUAAAAUUAUUUUACCGUUUGUUUGUUUGUUUGUUAUUUUCAUUUCAGAAAUAAGCUCAUUAUGAUGGUGUUGCAUAGGAGCUGGUGUCAGCUAAGUCAAAGUAAGACCCAGUAUAGAUUGCUGGAAGUCCCUCAGGAUUGUCGGGACUUUAAGAUCCAAUCCAUCCAUUUCUUUCCUGUUUUUGCACGACUACGACGUGAAAAUGCCUACUUUCGCGUUUUAUGGAGGACGUAAACAAGCAACAGCGCAAUUUUCUUUCUCUUUCUGAGCUUGAAUUUGACUAAAAAAGCUUCAGGAGGGUUCGCAAUUGACUAAUAGGAAUAAUCGCUAUAAAGACUGAAGGAACACAAAUUCACUUUUUAAGCGACGUUCUUGUCGCCGUCGCGUCGUAGGAUCUUAAAGUCCCUACCAUCGAACGAGCGGGACAAACUGCUAACACUUAUCUGACCGCCCGCCCAGGGACUGGUAACACUCUGGCCACAUCAGUUCAGCGCAUUCAGCUCUUCAACCUGAGCGUUCUCAUACCGUCCCGCAUUAUAGCUGGCAGAAUUUGAUUGCUUGUAAAUUUUCUUUUGCAGAAUUGAAACCCAAAAUUGCCGAGUCAAAGAAAAUUGAGGAACUUAGUAAAAACUUCAUCUUGGUUAACCUUGAGGUAGGAGUCAGACUGAUCUAUGAGGCGAUUAACAACAACUAUUCAAUGUGAUAUAUCUUGACAGACUUGGUACACAUUUAUAAUUGCUCCCCUUUGCGGCCCUGUGAGUCAUAGCUCAGAAAUUCUUGCGUCACUUUUUCUCUAGGACGAUGAAAUACCGAAGGAUGGCAGAUUCGACGUAGACGGCUCAUAUGUGCCAAGGAUUGUUUUCCUAGGUAAUACUAAAAUACUCUAUAGUUCAUAUAUCAAGAUUCAAUUAUAAGAAAGGGUAGGAGACCUUUGGCGAAGCAGCAGAUUUUUUCUGCAUAGUUAAUAAACGCACUGAUUAUAUUGCCGAGACAGUGUCCAUGUUUAAUGUUUUUGUUAGCUUUUUUGGACUUGACUGCGUGCACGCUGUCCUGUGCCUACUGGUCUAUAGAAAAGUCUCACUAAAAUAACUCAAACAUGAUUUGUGAGCAACAGACAGAGGUCGGGAUGUUUAAUCCCCCAACAUAAACUGCAGCAUUGUUGUUUACAUCUUCAGACAGGUCUCCUUUACUGUGGUCAGAGAGCAAGUUAAACCAGAAAAUUCCAUUCAUUAACACGCUUAUUUGGACAUUAUUUCAACAGAUUCGGAUGGAAAUUUGAAGAAGGAAAUUGACAAUGAAGACACUGACCUUGAUAAAACAAAGUUUUUCUACAAGACACCUGAAGAAAGUAAGUUUGAGGAAAUAUUUUGUGUUUACGGCUUGGGUACCCUGUUAGAUCAAAAACACAUUUUUUAUUACCAAGCCAAGAAUUGUAUUAAUGCGUCUCUUUACGAGAAAAUGCAGCAAGCAAAAGGCGGCUUUAUAUUUAUGAGGCCCUUCAGUUUUAGGAUCGUUUUCACUAGCAAAGGAGUCAGAGUUGGAGUCGUAAUCAGACGCGUAGAACUUUACGAUCUAGUGAAAACAGGGUUCUGAUUCCGCAUUAUACGACUCCGUCGUUUACGAUCAAGAGAAAACUAGGUUGUCGGAGUCGCAAGAAGAAGUAGAAGAACUAAAUCAAUCACAAAGCGUGGGAACUUUCAUUGUGAUUGGUUUAUCCUUCCGUUCCGGCUUCCGACUACGACAAUCUGGCAUUCACUCGAUCAUAAGCGGAACGAAGCGAUAGAGUCAUAAGCGGAGUCGGCAGAAAACGGAAACGUUCUGACUCUUCCGACUCCCAUUCCGAAGAGCUUAUGACUCCGCUUAGGAUUUUUACAAGGUCAUAAGGGCUUUACGACUCCGCUUACGAUUCCGACUCAGAUUCAGUCGCUAGUGAAAACCAGCCUUUUUUGACCAUCAUGAGGUUGUGCGAGUUUACACAUCCGCCAAGCAUGAAUUUAUAUUCUCUAUCUAAAAAGGUACCGUUAUAUUAGGCCAUGUAAACUACUAUUCAGUAUAUCGCAAAAUUCUCCUCGGCUAAGCAGAUCUAGAAUAAAGGACCUUAAAGCUGUGUGUAGGUUAAUGGGAAAACUCAGUGAAAAGCUAACCUGAUCAUGGAAACAACCGACAUUCCUGAAUGCAAUGCAUUGUCAUCAACGUCAUGUAUUACUCAGAGAAAAACGAUUUUUGAGUCAUUGUUAUGGCCCUAGCUAGCUCUGUUUCCGCUGCCUUCGGAGUUUCAUAGAGGUCAAAGACCCUAUAAUGGUACCACUCCCCAUUCUCAGGACUUGGCUGAACUACCCACUCUUCGGCGUUUAGCCUGAACGCUAUCUGAAACAGCCAUCAUCCUCUUCGUGAACCAUCUUUUGCUAUGAAGUUUUUUCUUUGCCUGUUUGUCGGUGAUUAAACGAUUUAUAUUCUGGUUUCAGUUGUCAAAUCCAUGAAGAAGCUUUUACCAGAACCAGCAGCCUUAGAUAAAGGUAAUUGUUGCGCCUCAUGUGGUUAACUUUUAGUAGGCAAUUUUAAUGAUACUUUUUCCUUAUUGAGGCUCUCUACUGUAAGAUGCAUGCUGAAAGCACUACUCAAUUGUAAGCAGAAACUGACAAAGACAAUGCCGCUACAGCGACGAAAGCGCACGCAAAUCAGUUUAAAAACAGGCUUGACCAAAGGCAGCGCCGCAAGUUGAGCACCAAACGUCGCGUUCAGUCCUUUCCGCCAGGUUUUGGCGUUGAGUCACUAAAUCUGCCUAAAAAUUAACGAAAAUUGUGUGGGAUGCUGCAAUGACUGAAACCGUUUUUUCGUGUACACACUGGCUGCUGUUUUGCUGAAAGGAGGCCGCUUUUAUUGGUGAGAUUAAACUGUACAUGACUGCUUUCAGGAUUUGGAAAGCAUAUUAAAUGGAUGACUAUGGAGGAUGGUCUGCAAGAAGCUAAGAAGAGGUAUGGUUUAAGCAAACUGAGCAAGACACAGUUUACCUGCAGUAGAUCCUGUUUUGAUUCCCAAUUACAGCAUAACCCGCUCUUACAUCAGACUUCCAAAACAAAACCACAACUGUCCUACUGUCACUGUCGUUAGCUUAUCAUCAACAGAAGCAUAAGUUAGGACAUUGCUCUGGAUCUCAAUAUAAGCAGUAAUCUUUAGAAAACAUCUUGCAGUAAAACUGUUUCCGUUCCACAGCGAGAAGCCAGUGAUGUUCAUUAUACACAAGUCAUGGUGUGGAGCUUGUAAAAGUAAGUUGAAGUCACAUUAUUAUAAUGUUUCUUGCAUGAAUCAUGUGUAAGUACAACACUCCUGGGACAACAGUGUUAAAAAUAUCUCUCCUUUUUCAGAUUUGAAACCAAUUGUGGCAGAAUCUAAACAGAUCGCGGAGCUCAGUAAGAAGUUUGUCAUGAUAAAUGUGGAGGUAAUAAGUGCACGGAAAUUAUCGCCAUGAAUUACCUCAAUUGCAACUGAAAAGCUCCUUGGCCGAAAGGGAGCUUAAGUAACGACGACGGCGACGUCAACGAGAACGGCAAAAAAGCGAUACGUUUCCAUUGGCAAAACAGCAGCUCUGCACGUGCAUCACGCUUUUUUUGUACAUUUCUUUGCCGUCACUUCAUGACUACGACGUGAAAAUACCUGAUUUCACGUUUUAUGAAAGGACGUGAACACAAGACAACGACUUUCUUUUUCUUUUCCUGAACAUCGAUACAGUCUUUUAGAAUUCAACUCCAGAGAAAAUUGACAACAAUUGAUAAAUUGAACGAGAUGGAAUAAGUGCGAUAAAGUUUGAAACAGCGCGGCUUUACUUUUUAAGCCCCCUAUUACGAUCAAUCAGUACGCUAAAACAUUAUGUACAUCAAGUACAUCACACGAAACACAAAUGAAUAAACCUUAAGGCAAGAAAACCAACAAACUCAGCGUUAGACUGCUAGAAAUUGUUUUAUUCCCCCAGAUAUAAAACAGCAGACAACAACUGAACUAAUUUGUUGAUUUUGUUCGUUAGGACGAAGAAGAGCCAAAAGAUGCACAAUUCGAUGUUGACGGCAAAUAUUUCCCUCGAAUCUUCUUCCUCAGUGAGUAUUUCCGUUAACGAGAUUAAUCAUAUAUGGUGUCUAUCAUUCAUUUUUGACAUUCGUGAUGUUACUUUGUCAUAGAUCAUGAAGGAAUAGUGCAAAAAGACCUGCACAACAACGAUCUGGAAUUCAUCAAGUUCAAGUUCUUUUACAAUGAUGAUGAAGAGUGUAAGUGCCAAGACCAUCUUUUUUUCCAAGCUUACAAAAUACUGCCGGGUAUCUACCAACCUGUGCCCAGCCACGCCCUUCUUUAAGAGAAAUCGGACAUAAAGCCUCCUUUUUGACACGUUUUAAUAGGAAAGGGCGUCGGACGGGAUAUAGGCUUGGCCUCCGUACAUAAAUCUCCAAUGAUGAAUAGCUGUUUAGCAGUUCUCUUAAGUAAAACAUUUCAAAUGACUCUGAUCUCCAACAAGGCCAUCGGGUCGCCCCUGAUUCCGAACACCUCCAGAGUCAAACAUAGUUAAAACGCGUAUUAAAGCUUUUUCCAAAUGACUACCCGAGUCAAUCACGCUACCAGAUGAAGAUCGUAAACUGGACCAACUAAACCAGUUAGAAUUCAAAGAAAAUACAUGCAUCAAGCGCUAAAGACGGGAAAUUGUCUGCAAUCAGACGUACAAUCGACGUGCGAUUUCAGCUCUACUUCUUAUAGGUUAAGCAAAGACAAGGCUUUGAAAACAAUCACAAAUUGGACAAAUUUUUUUAGUAAGUUUCUAUUUCGUCAAAAUACUUUUAGCUUCAAUUACCUCAUCAAUUUGCUUCCUUGCAUAGAAAGAACAACAUAGACUAACAGAUGUUAUCUUUUUACCGUCUCAUUUAUUUUUACAGUGAUAUACACAAUGAAGACAGCUCUUAAGAAACUUAUAAAGCCGCCACCUUCCCUUGAUAAAGGUGAGCUUCAUAAAUUAGGCAGUCAUUUUCAGUCCUCCAAGGGUCUGAAUCAAGUCUUGCUUAGAGGUAUUCCCAGCCUUUAGAUUUGCAGAUGAAAUAUUGUACCUAUUAGUCAAGAUACUGUUCUUCCAAAAACUAAGGUUUAAAUCUAUGGGACAUUUCAUAACGGGAAUGAAAGUAAGUGUGGGAAGCACUAAUCUUGUGCUUUUCUAACACACCUCCCUUAAUCUUUAAAACUGACUCGUCCAGCGAGCUCAUAUAGUUCAACGAUGAGACAGGCGCGUAAUUAUGUUAUUUCUUUUAAGUGAAAUAUAUGUAUUGCAAUAAUAAUAAUAAUGAUGAUGAUGAUGAUAAUAACAAUUCCGUUAUUUACCCUCGGCAGUAUUAAUUUUAUAGCACAGACGCUCGUGGGGCCGAACAAAUGCUUGAAACAAACAAUUCAAAUUGGCCUUAAGAGGGUUAAGAAUCCCAACGGUAGGAGGCGAACAAGUUGGCUAUUUACAAGCAUGGUUGAGGAUUUGAACUCGAGUCUACCGAGAACAAAUUCAGCUGGCGGUCAGGGUGGGACUUGAAUUAGGGGCCUCUGAAUUACAAGUCCAGCGCUCUAACCACUCGGCCACGCUGCCUCUACUGACAGGUUUCCUUACGUUCAGUGUGGAUUAUCUUGGGCUAGUUGCUCUUUUGCUACUUUAAACUUAACUUUAAAGUAAACUAUGAAAAAUAUUAAACUGAUCAAUUUAAUACGUUUUAGGAUUAGGUAAAGGGAUAAACUGGAUUACGCUAGACAAUGCUUACGCUGAGGCCAAAAAGAGGUAAUGUAAUCCUUAGAACAUGUUACGUUAAUUGAAUCAAACGGAAACUCGGAAAAAAUCCGAGCCCCAGAUGGGGAGCAAUUGUGAAAGAAUGCAUGACUCACAACUGCAUACAGUCACACAUGCACUUGUCCUGGUUUGACAAUGUGACCGCGUGAUGCAGUUCUAGUCAAAGACCCACAUUUCACUCUUGCUCACCAUCGAGUCGCCAGUGGCUCAGUGGUUAGAGCAUCCGACUAGAUCACAGAGGGUCGUGGGUUCGAAUCCCAUCUGGGGCUCGGAUUUUUUCCGAGUUUCCAUUUGAUGCAAAAAACGUAUCUUGUAAUCCUUAGGUAGUCUAUUCUAAUAGAUCAAUAAAGUAAACACCCGCUGAUAAGAACCUACUUAUAGGUUCUUGUAUUUUGGAGUACUUAUUGUCAAUUUAGGCUAAUUAGGUUCUUAAUUUUGGGUUCUUAAAAGGAGAUAAUAAAUUGUUGAUUACCAGAAAAAUAAAUUAACUUUUUAUUCAUUCACAAUUUUAUUAUUAUAACCCUAACAAAACUGAUUAUUGAAAAGAAAAGUUAUACUCUUUUGUUAAAUUGCUUAUCAUAAUUUAACUGUAACCCACAUAUAAGAACCCGCUUGAUCUUGCUUGGCUAAACAGGUUCUUGUAUUUUUGGGUAUUAAAGUGGCAAAUUUCUGCCAAGAGGUUCCUUAACCCACAGGUUCUUAUUAGCGGGUGUUUACUGUAGUCUCUCUUUUCUAUCAUUUGACUCUUCUCGAGGGAUGUUUAUUAGGUACAGUACUUCUCGUGUCUGGUUUUGUUUCAACGGUAACCAAUGCAAGUGACGACAAACUGCAGGAUUGAGAUUGAAAUCCAACUGACAUAUUUAUAUAAUGUUUAUUUAUUUUUUUUUGUAGUUGGAAGCCAAUAUUCUUGCUCAUUCACAAAAGUUGGUGUAGCGCUUGUCAGGGUCAGUAUACACACAGCCUCCAAAAACUUCGAUUGGACCCAAAUCUUACCCCAUGUAAGGGAGUCUGUAUUCCGGAAUCCAGGAAGUUUUUGCUUGAUGAAUCUGGAAUACAGCUCAAAGAAUCCGGAAUCCAAGUUCCGCUGAUAAUAAUCUGGAAUCCAGUACUUAAAUUCGGAAUCCAGGACGUGGAAUCUAGAAUCCAAGACUGUCUUAGUUUUCUUUACAUGUAGCGAAAAAUUUCCUGUGCUUCGUGUUUGCUGUUAGGAAAAGAAAGAGAAACUUUAUCAUAUCAUCUUGCAAGGGAAACUACAUAAUAUAGAAAAAUAAAAUAAUUGACACAUAAGGAGUUAACAGAAGCUAGUGUGUUUAAAUGUUUGUUUUCGAGCAUGGGGAUGAACGUGACGCAUCAAAAAUAUUCUGGGGUACGUUGUCUGCCACGCCAAAUUACGAUGCAAAAGUGUUGAUGACUAAUUUCUAAGACAGUGUGGCUUUAUUGUAUUUUUUUUUCAGCUUUGAAGCCCAAAUUUGCUGCAUCUGAGAAGAUAAAAGAACUCAGUACCGAACUCGUCAUGGUUAAUGUGGAGGCAAGUGAAAAACUAAUUAUCACUUUUACAAUGUUUACUAUGUUUAAUUAAUCUAGCUCUCUUAGCCGUAAAUUAAUGUUGUCGUUCAAUGAUAGUGGCUUUUCUCUAUUAAACAACGAGUGCCAUUCAUCUGAUAACCGAAAGCAAAUUGUCAAGUAGACGACCUGCGAGUAAGUUUCAUGGUCUGCUGGCCGCUAGCUGAGAAAAAUACUGUAACUGCUAACGUAUAGACUGAAUUCUGCUGCCUUUUGACAACUGAAUGAUUGACAACGUCUCAGAAGGGUAUAGCAGUGCUUAUUUUAGAGCCUUCAUAGUUUCCUUAGAAAGAUUUUUUCGUAUGACCUGGAAAUGAAAACGCACGAACAAGACUGAAAUAACAAACGAACGGAAAUAGAGCGAUUUGAUUGGUUAAUCGGACGGAUACAAGCGCGCGUGGCUUUCCAGUGGUUGGUUUAAUAAGCGAACGCUCUGGUGAAAAGAUUUCAUGCCCAAGAACUUUCUAGAAAUCAAUCGAUACUUGGCGUUGACGUCAUACUGCAACACAAUUGGCCAAUCGAGCAACGCCUUCUCCAUAUUAGGGUUUUUUUUUCCGCGGGAAAACUAAAAGUCUAUGUUUUGAUCAUUACAUCCACUGGCUGAUAAAACAAAUAACGAACACUUACCGUAACCAUUUUUCAAGGUCGUUGCUCUAUUCAAUCAGGCAUUCAACUUGAAUGCAACGCAAGUGCAUUUAGUAAGAGUAUUCAGCCCUACAGCAAUUAAAUAAUUAAUGCACUUGCAACAAUACAAAUAAUAAAAUGAAUCUCCUGAAAAAAAGUUUUAUAAAUUCGUACGAUUUUUCACCCUUGUGACGGUGUAUCACCAGCCAGUUGAGCACUGCUGCUACUGUAUAAAUGGAUUCUGUUCCUUAAUUGUGCUUGUUUUAAUCUUCACAGGAUGAAUUUGACGUUCACACAAAGAAGUUUGAGAUCGAUGGAGCUUAUAUUCCACGAAUCUUAUUCAUGGGUUGGUAUUUCUAGUGAAACAUGCCUCAAUUAACAUCGUUAUUCAACUUCGUUUCAACAGACUGCAUUCCAUUAAAAUAGCGACACCAAAAAACCAACGCUGGGUUCCUGCCAACUGUCUCCUUCUCAUCGUCGUUAAGAAAAUAAGCAAAAAGGAAUAGUGACAAAGAAUUUACAAAACGCGCUUCUCUUUCGAUACGGGAUAAAAGAUCUUAUACUACUGGCAGGGUGUCUACAGUUACACACGAACGUCUGUAAAUCUAGAGUGAAGUAUAAAAAAGUCCCUACUAUAAGGAGAUAAAGGAUGCUGUUUAAUGAGCGAGAUUGAAAAUGGCAUCCGACGUCGUUCUUGAAAGAAUGAGGGCUCAAUUUUUUCCCGUGCAACUGCUAAUGGUAUGAUAUAGGGUUUAAAGCAACAAUCGGCGACUAAAUUGUUGAGACGCUUUCGCGCUUUAGUGAAAUGGUAUUUAGUUUGGCGAAAAGAACAGUCUGGACCUUCCCCCUCUCCCAAUUAGAUGUUGACCAAUCCGUUGUUUUCUGUAGGUAACUUGAGCAGCCACAAUUCAACGCUCUGGGAGAAGGGGAUCCUUUUUCUUUUAACUUAGUUUGAUCCCGGGUAAACUUAAGGUAACAAGAAGAGAUUUCUUGUACAGUGUAAAACUUAUUAUGUAAAUGAUUUUAAAUUUUUGAAUAACAGAUCCUUUGGGUAACGUAAUGGAGAAGAUUUCUAAUGCAGGAACAGUUUACAAAGAGAGCAAGUAUUACUACUGGGAACCAACAGCAGGUAGGGCCGGACUAUCUUGGGUUAGUUGUGAACCGUUACGUGUUCACUGUACAAUACAAUACAGAAACUAUCAGGAUUUGCUGUACCCAUCACAAUACUAAGAUGAUUAACGCAAGUUACAUUACCAUACUUACAACUAAAAUGUAAACUUCACGAAAAAAUUUUAAAAUUGCUUUAACUUACACAGGUUUUUAUUGGAUAGAUCUACACUUGACACCUCCAUAUCUGCCACUCCAGAAACUAUAGGGGAAUGGGUAUAUUCAGGCAUUCGGCGCAGCGAUUUCUGGGAUUGUUUGAGUGGACAAAGGUUACUUAUGAUUAGUUACAAGAGCCAUUUUGGUUAUCUCUUAUUUCUUUUUUCACAGUUGUAAGGUCCAUGAAGAAAGCUGUAGACAAAGUCAAGACGAUGACAAGACCAAAAGACGAACUGUAACUUACAGGGACGAGAAGCGCCUUCGC